AUGAGAAGUGAAUUUCCUAUUCUAACAUUCACCGGCGUGCCCAAUGGGUUGGCAAAGGUACGGAUGCAGACGUCCCUAAACUCAACGUACACGCCAAAAGGUUAUGUUCUGCAACUGGUGGAGCAUACACAGUGUCGAAUACUGGUGCUCGUUGAAGUAUGUACAGUGAUCGCAGACGCCUACGUUGAGCAACUGAAGAAUUUGAAGACACAUCUCGAAAAUGCACGCCCGCAGCAGCGCGAAGUCUACUUCCACCACGACAACGCUCGGCCGCACAUUGCAAAAACGACCAAGGCCGAACUGACGAAAUUCGGUUGGACCAUUUUACCACACUCGCCGUAUUCCCCAGACCUGGCUCUCUCGGAUUACCACCUUUUUUCCUAUCUUCAACGUCAUCUGGAUGGUCAAGAUUUCCAAACCCGCGACGACAUCAAAAAUGCACUCGAGCAGUUCUUCAGGGAACAGUUCCCGGCGUUCUGGAGCAAAGGCAUCUACGAUCUGCCUAAACGUUGGCAGAAGACCAUCGAUGUAAAUGGGCCAUGCUUCAAAUGA